UUGCGCCCUCUGUUGAACUGCUAGAGUUAAACUCUUCCUGCAGUCUCUGCCUGUUAUCAGUGAAAGAUGGCGACCAGAGUCCUUCAGAAGGCUUGUUCCGGCCUUUAUCAGGCAACACACAGGGUCAGGACAAAGGGAUGUGUUACCUCUGCGAUCAGGUGCCUGUCAGUGUCUAGUAAUCGUCAUCGAGAGGACAGCUGGUUUAAAUCGCUGUUUGUGCGAAAGGUGGACCCGAGGAAAGACGCUCACUCUCAUCUAUUAGCCAAAAAAGAAGAUAACAAUUUAUACAAAAUACAGUUUCACAAUGUUAAACCCGAGUGUCUCGAGGCGUAUAACAAACUCUGUGAGGAUGUGCUGCCGUCCAUCCAUAAUGACAAACAUUACCCGUGUGAGCUGGUGGGCACGUGGAAUACUUGGUAUGGAGAUCAAGACCAGGCUGUGCACUUGUGGAGAUACAGAGGAGGAUAUCCAGCUCUUACUGAAGUCAUGAGUAAACUGAAAAAUAACAAGGAGUUUAUGGAGUACAGGAAUGAGAGAGGAAAGAUGCUUCUGUCUCGUAAGAAUCAACUUCUGCUGGAGUUCAGCUUCUGGAACGAACCCGUGCCACGAGACGGACCCAACAUAUAUGAACUCCGCACCUAUCAACUGAGACCUGGUACCAUGAUUGAAUGGGGCAAUAAUUGGGCUCGGGCUAUUGGCUACCGGCAGCAUAACCGUGAAGCAGUGGGUGGUUUUUUCUCACAGAUAGGAAGCUUGUAUAUGGUUCAUCAUCUCUGGGCAUACAAAGACCUGCAGUCUAGAGAAGACACGAGGAACGCCGCCUGGCGGCAUGAAGGAUGGGAUGAAGCUGUAUAUUACACUGUGCCUCUCAUUCAGCACAUGGAGUCUAGGAUAAUGAUCCCGAUGAAGGCGUCACCUUUGAAGUAACCUAUGCUGUUAAAACCACCACCAUCAGGACGUCUGAUAGAUUUAUGUUUUCCAAUCAGCUUCAUACAAACAUGUUUCAUGUGGUCAUAAAAAAAUAAUCGUACCAAACCAAAUAAUAUUUUCUGUGAAUUUAGCCUUGCAUUCUUUUUAAAUAUAUCUGUUUCUUAUGUUUGUGCCACAUCUACAUUGAAAUGUAUUAAGGAUCUAAAAUUGAACUCUGCUGUAAUACAUUAUGACUGACAGAUGACAUGCUUUUAAAAUCUGUUGGGAUUCAUAACAUUUUCUUAGUAUCAGACAGUAUGUUUUUCAAGCUCCAGUGAAAUACAGUUUUGGCUUUUUUACAUUUUUCAAACUACUAAAGAAGCAUGUUGUGCUUCAGGAGAUUCACUGUAGCUAAUUUAUUAAAGUAUUUAUUGCAUAUUUCCUGGACUAUAAAAUACACUUUCAGGUUUUGCUGUUACAUGAUAAAUACAACAUUAACUAUUGAACAUAUUUAAACAGAUUUUAUCCUUGUACAAUAACAAUCACUUGACUAAAAUAAAUGCCUUUAUUUACACUAAAUAAAAAUAACAUCAGUCAACAUCUAAAAGCCAUGUUGGGGAAAGCACGUGUAUAAAGAAAUGACUGUACUCCACUUUAAUCAUUUAUAUUUUUAUUGCAGGAGUACACAGACUUGCUUUUGAAGUGUUGGGUUGAUUUUUUUUGUUGUUGUUUCUGUACAAUGUCUUGUUUUCUGGUUGAAUAGUUUUUUCAGUUGUAUUUUAGUUACAGAUUGAUUUCCUCUUAUGAUUUUGCUUUCUUUGUGGUUGUUGAAUGGAAUUUGGCAGCAGAAAAUAAAUGGACUGUAACGGUUUAAUAAAUCAAGCUAUAUCCUA